UUGAGACAGAACAUCUCAUUUUACAGCUUGACUUUGUGUUAACCACAUCUCACCGUAGUGCUCAACGCUUCAUAAUAUUUACUUUCACAGCCUUUUAAUUUUAAUACACUUUACGGAUUACAGGAGACGGGUCUGUCAUUGAAGCUAUCAUUAUAUUACAGACACUGUCUAUCACUGACGGUCAACUUCGGCACUUAAACAUUUUAAAGCUAGCUGACGGUAGCGUUAGCAAAGCAGCUCCAGGGAUGGCAGAUGUUCCCGGGACAUCAAGUGAGACGAUAACGGAGACUGUUCAGACUAGCACACCGCCGCCGCCCCAGCAGGAGGGACGAAGUCUGACAAUCAAGCUGAGGAAGAGGAAGACUGAGAAGAAGGUGGAAUGGUCUAGUGACACUGUUGACAAUGAGCACCUAGGAAGAAGGUCUUCAAAAUGCUGCUGUAUUUAUGAGAAGCCCCGACAGUUUGGAGAAUCGUCCUCUGAAAGCGAGGGAGAGGAUGAUGAUGAAGGGUGUGGCAGUGCUCACUGUAUCCUGGGCCACGGCAGGAGAGGUCAUGGACAGAGGGGGGGCGGGGGUACCACAGUGCCCCCAAACUCUGGAGGGUCACACACCCACUAAUCAGCACUGCAGGCUGAUUGUGGGGUCAGAGGGGUUUCUCACCACGACAAUGACAGAUUACAAAACUGCACUCUUUUUUAGUUUAAUUCUAUCACUGAAGUACAGGUAGGCCCGAUGCUGCAUUUCAGUCAUGAGUCAGAAACUCCCCAGCUUCUGGAGCAGGAUUAUAGCCUCUGUACUGCUGCCCUGAAAAGCACAGAGCAACUUGGAUUAUUGAAUAAGCCUAAUUGAAAAUCCUGCUCUCCUUUCAGCAACUGAAAGCAUGCUCAGUAUUGUGCCAACUGACAUACAUAACAUUGAAUAAUGACUUCAAAUUUUAAAGUGCUUUCUUUUUUUUUAAAUAAAAGAAGACAUGUUCUGAUGAUAACAGAGUUUAAAUUUAAAUUUUGCAUGUUUUAGCCCAUAACUUCAGAUCACACAUGGUAUUUUCCAAAGCAUGUAGUGGAAUGGUAGAAUUCAAAAUGCUUUCCUAUUUUCCUGGUAGCCAUUGGUUUCCAUUUACUCCACAUGCUAUGACAAUAAACUUUGAGGUUUGUGAUCCAUCACAGUGAACAUCAUGUUUGCUUUUAUUUUUAUCAGAGUUGUUAAUGCUGAAAUGCAUUUAAGGUUUCAUCUGACAGUUAUUUUCAACAUUGCUGAAUCUGCUGAAUAUUUUCACAUCUAAUCAAGAAGUUGUUUGUCUAUAAAAUGUCUGAAGGCAGAGAACAUGGCCCAUCACUCUAUCCAGGACCCAAGGUGAACAGUAUUUGACUACCAGUCUAAAACCAAGAAAUAUUAAAAAAUAUUCUGGAUACGUGACAAAGAAAAGCAUCAGAUCUCCACAUGGCACAACAACUGGGGUGUUUGGCAUUUAUGCUUUAAACAAACUCAGAUAAUUACCAAUACUGAAUUAUCAAAAGAGUUUCAGAUUCAGAUUUAUGUCAGUCUACUAACUGACAAAUUAAGAAAUCAGUUUAAGUCUGUUAUUUCUUACAGGGUCCCACAGUGAUGGAAAACAUUGAAAAGUCAUGUAAUUUCUCAGUGACAAUUUCCAGGCCUGGAAAAGUCAUGGAAUUAGUCAAAAUCAUUGAAAGUUUUUGAAAAGUCAUGGUAUUUGUUAUGUAUAAUGAAAUUGUUAGAAUAAUCUCACAUUGUUAACCUUCCACAUAAUGUAGCAUAACAUCAAAUUAAUUUUCUGCAGCUUUUGAUGUAACGUAAGCUCUAUUAUGCAUUGAUGUAAAACAACAUUUUGUUUAGUACCACACACGUUUUUGUCAUUUUCUCCCUGGGUUUGUCUUUCCCUUCAUGUAUGCCAGCUGGCUAAAAUUAUGCCUGAAUAGGGUUUGAAACCCAUGUUUAAAAACACCAGCCAAGUGGGCUAAGAAAAAAAAACUUUAUUAUCACACAUUGAAAGGUCAAGGAAAAAAUUGAAAAUUUUGUCCAUAAAAAAGUGUGAGAACCCUGUAUUUAUUUUUACUUGAUGUUUUUCAAUUACCGUUAAAUUGCCCGGGCCAUCAUUUGCUUAAAUCACUGAAAUCAACAGGAGUUAUGGCACUGGAGGAUUAUGGCACCUGGCAUACCAACACAAUAGCACUUCAUCCUGUUGAAACAAUACAACUUGGAAUCAUUUUUAUGAAAAACCUUUUUGAUUCUUUUGAUAUAGGGACCAUUAUGGACUAAAGGAAUAUGAAUAACUUACAGUGUAAUCAAGGAAUGGACACAUAAUUUAAGGAACUUCUAUGAAAAUUAACUGCUUGGCAACCAGACCAUGCAUCUAAUUGAGACAGGUGUAUAUUUUUCAAAAUGUGUAACCAUGCUGGGCUAGUAAAAGGGACUGGGUGUUUAAUUGGGACAAGGAUUUUAACUUAAGUUUAAUGGUAAUUUAUUCAUUGUUUGGUCUUCAGAAUUGCAAAAAAAAUAGAAUAACAGCCAUCACAAAUUUUGGAGAUCUAUAAGGUGACAUCUAAAUCUGGGUUUUAUCCAAAACCCAAAGAUAGUAGUGUAACAAAUAUAUGCUAAAGUGUAAGUAUAUUAUAAAUCUAAACUUUUUAGUCAAUCAUUUUGUUUUUUUGUUAAUGCUUAAUCAGCCUGCGCUUACACCUUUAUUUACCACCCAGUGGUAACUAGACUUUUACGACAAUUAAAAAAAUGGAUGGAAUGAUUACAAAAGACCAGCAAGUUUCAUGCCUUUACAAGCGGGAUUUUCAGAGUCUGAGAGUGGGGACAAAAAUAAUCAUAAGAGCCCUAAAAGAGUGCAGUGUGCUUUGUAAAAUGGUCGGCAUCAGUAAUGUAAACGAUGUCUGAUAUAAUCAACGAGCUAAAAUGUAAAAAGACAUUGAGGUCCUUAUGUUGUGUGGGCGUGUAGUGAUGCCACCAUAUUGAAAGACAACAGGGGCUACUAAAUGAGCCUAAUAGGAAAUUCUCGUCUCUCCUCUUCACAGUUGAAACAUGAUACAGUGACAGCUAACUUGAUUAGCAUGGAAUGGCAGCAACUGCAAAUGUUUAAGCCUUUAACAUACAGAUUGAUGACUAUAAUAGUAUUUUUGCAUGUUUUGGCCUUUUUCCUGCCCUUCACUACGAAUCUCACUUAUGUAAAUUACAGAACUGCAGAGCAUGUAAUAUUGAUGUUGAGCUCCAGGUCUCUAAAAGUUAGAUUUUCAUACUGUGGUAGAACAAGUGGAAACCAAUGGCUGCCUAUUGAAAAUCCUAAAAGAGUUUGCUGUGCUUUCGAAAACGACCAUUAGCAGUAAUAUAAAGUCUGUGUGAUUUCUCAUGAAUUAGCUAAAAAAUGUAAAUGUCUAUAUCAUUAGAGCUUUGCAGAGUUUACAGAUCUUUGCCCAGACUCCAUGCUGCUAAUUCCAGCAGGAAAUGCAAUCUGGUUGCACUUUCCUCUGCAGCAUACUGGACUUUCUGACUGUGAGGCGUCUCUGGAGUGCAGCAUGCAGAAUAUUAGCAGUUUGAAAAGAUGGAUAUAGAGAGGCCAUAAAAUGCUGUCCACCUGUGUAUUUUCCUUUUGACAAAGUGGCAGAGUCGAUUGUAUAUAAUACAGGACAUUGUUUUUUAUUUUCUUAUUUAUUUGCUGGUCUUAAUUCUACACUUGCUAAUACUUGACAUGCAGUGGACCACAGCAUGUGUAGUAACAUUGCAAUUACAAACCAGUAUGUGAGAAUUAUAAUAAUAAAACAAAGAGAGUGGAGUGUACAUCAACAAAGAUCUCCUUAUGUAUUUAGUUGAGUUUCUGAUUCGUAGACCAGUUUUAAAGUUAAUGCCAACUUUUGUUGACACAACAUAUUGACAUUCUUACCCUCCAUGCUUUUAGCACUAUAAGUAUAAUCUGUUAGACAUAUGUGAUCAGUAUGGGAAAAGCUAGUGCUGGGGCCCUGUUCUUCAUAUGCAGACAACUUCAUUAACUUGACUUAACAGUCAAUGAUUUAAAACAAGCCUGGAUUUUUCAGUUCCGUUUAAGUAGUGAUAACAUUUUAUAUAUUUCAAAACAAAGUUACAAAGUGCUUUACAUUAAAAACAAAUAUAAAAGUAAUUCCAAAACACAAGAUAUAAAACAAGAUGAAAUGAAUAAUUACAAAAAUAAAUACCUUCAGUUAAGAAAAAAGACAUGAGAUAAGAGAUUUAAAAGAAGAUGCUGAGUUCUGAGUUCACGGCGGAUGGGUUCUGACAGCAAAGGCACAGUCACCUUUAGUGACAGAGAUUUAGGAACCAUUCAUAGGACCCCACCGGAGGAACUCCCUGUGGGAGUUAGCAGAUCACAGGCAUUAGGCUGUCUGAUCAAGGCUUUAAAACUAACAGAUAACCAGUGGUUUACAUGUAGUUAACCCAGAUUAUUUAAUCCAUGUUCGGCCUCAUCUUCUUAUGUGUUUAACUACACUGAUAAUAAUUUUAUUGUUGAAGAUGAAACAUGACCGGAUUUUUCUGUCCUUCCAGCAUCACCUUAAUUUCAUGUGGAGCUGAUGUCUGAUCAACAGAUUUCACUGUUAAAUGGAUCAUGAAUUUACCUGUUUUAUAGGUUCUCCUCAUACAUCCUAAGGACCGCUGGUUUUGGGCAGACUCUUAACUUCUAAAUAACUGUCUGGAAGUUUCGAGCAGUUUCAUUUGUAGUAAUUAUAAGGAUAGGUGUUCACUUAAUAUGCCUCAGAUUAACUGAUUCCAAUAAACUGCUUUUGUAACCCUAAGAGUCUUAAAUCAGAGCACAGCAGGUCAUCUGAACAUGCAAAAUGUGAAAUCAAUGUAUGUAAUCCAUUCCACUAUUCCAACAUAAAUGAGGAGAAAGCUUUCCAGUAAUAACCUUUAAAUGAUUUUAUUUUGGUUUAGGGGAGAAGCAUCCAAAUUUAAAUGGCUGUAUUUUGUAUUUACUUUCCAGCUGAUUUUUUUUAAAGAACACAUGCUUUCUAAUUUAUUUUAUUUAUUUUUUUUGCAAUAUUCCAAAUUUGGGCAAAAGAAGUUUUACAAUUUUUAAAGAAAACAUGCCUUUCAAACCCGCCCGCAGUUUGGAAGGCAUAUUUUCCUGGAAAAUUGCCAAAAUUACAAAAUUUAUCACAGCCAGAAACUGUAAAAACACAAAUUUUCAUCGAUAUUUCAUUUCAUUGAUUUCAUAGAUUUUCAGAUUUACGACAGUCCUUGGAUAAAUCAUGUGUGACAAACACUUCCACCAGGAAGAAAACAAAAUCAGAAAAAAUAGUAUAUUUCAUCAAAAUCACUUUAUUCUACAUGUCAUACAAACGUUUCCUAGAAAUUAACCAUUCACAUGAACUAAUGAGCAUGCAGGACAAGAGGGAAAAGUGAAGCUUUUUUUCAGCGCCAGAAUUUUGUCUUCAACUUUUAUUUUAGAACAUCAGAGGCUAAGUUUCUAAAAUCUAAUAAUUGAUUUAUGGUGGAGGGAGGGACAUGCAUUUUUUGCCAGUCACUCAAUACCCCCUAAAUGAAGAACAGUUUCUCAUUAAGAAAUGAAUGUAAAACUGUACUGUACUUGGGUGACAUACUGUAAAAUAAACCAUUACCCAAAAAAAGGGAAAAAAUGAGAUAACCAAAAUAUCAAGACCUGUUGGGGUAAUUCUCAGUUUGAUUUACAACAAUGUGGUAAUCACAAUAUAUACAUGUUCAUAUGCAUUCUAAAAUGCAAAUCAUGAAAUACAAAAAAAAAAUAAUAACUUGCUUCAAACUUGGUUUGAAGAUUCUGUUAUUAUAACAACGUAAUCACAAUACAUGUCCUUUAGACACUAAACUGUGUAAAUGUAUGAAUGUAUAAAUUAUUGACACCUGGAUGUAAGCUGUCAGUUGCAAUGAUAUUAGAGGCAAUUUUAACAAUGAUCAGUCCAUCAGAUUACUGAACACUAAUGUAUCUCGUUUCAGAGGGCCUGUCAUUUAACAGAGGCUUUGGCAGUCCAAGAUGGAGUUUAAUAGUCAGAACUAAAGACCGAUAAAACAGUCAGGCUGGUAUUAGCUGGUACAUUAGAAUACAUAAUAUUGUCUCAUAUUAUUAAAACAUUUUUAAAAUCCCGUAUUUUUUCAUUAUUGUCAGUGUAUGUUUGAAGAUGAGGGACUUCACUCACUUAAAAGUAUGCAGAGCAAUGACAGCAUGGCAGCAGUUAAUAUCUGUGCUGAUUCUAUUCAUGACUCAUGUUGCUUUUCAAAAUAGUAGUUUGCUGUUAUGAGAGAACUUGAACUGAUUGAAAAAUACAUCCCUCACCUAUGUUGGAAGAACAGAAUUAGCUUUAUCAGGCUAACAUUGUAUCAGCCUGGGUUAGUUCAACUACAUGUGAAGAAUGGGGCCUGGGUAGUCAUGAAACAAGACUUGAGACAAGGUAGCCUUGUAGUUGUACUAAAAUCAGUCCCCUAAGUUCAAAGGCUGCUAGGUUAGCUCUCACCUUCUCACCCAAACCUUCUGACAUGAAACCUUUUUUCUUUUUGCAGAGCUGUAAUUGUCAGUUUGCUGUAAUGAUUGAGUACAGAUCAGUAUGUUUUCGUUGAAUAUCUUGACAGUAUUAGAUUUGAUGAAACCUGACUAAAUUUUUAGAUAAAUCUAUUGUAUUUACUGGACAAUCCUAGAAAUGAUGACAUCUUGUCAUUCGAAGAAUUGUUUUUUAGAGUUCGUCCUUUGCACAGGAUGUUAAUGAGUGAUGUCAGAAUGGAAGAUGGUUGAGUUAUCAACACCAGUGUGAACAAAAAAGAAAACUGAAUGUCUGUUAAUGCACACAUUCACUUAACUCCUUGGAGGAAGCACCCAUAGGUCGUCAUUAUAUUCAGCUGCAUGUUGGUCAUAAAAUAAAAUUUACAAUUUGA